AUGACAGUAGUAGAAGAUGCAAAGGACAAUUUUCAGGGUCUUGUGGGCUACUCCGAGCUUCAUGACGCUUUAAUCGUUGCGUUUCGAGGCAGUAUGGAUGUUACAAAUUGGCUGGAUAACCUCACGUUUCUCAAAGCACGAGCUUACCCAAAGUUUCCCAGUGUCAUGGUGCAUGAAGGUUUCUAUUGGGCAUAUCGGUCCGUAGCUCCACAGGUGGUGUCUACACUGCACAAGCUACGGAAAAAGUAUCCAAAUGCAUCAGUGAUGGUCACAGGUCAUUCGCUUGGUGGAGCUGUUGCGUCAAUAUGUGCUUUUGAGCUCGAGCACAUUGAGAAAAUGCCUGUAAAAGUGCUUUACACUUUUGGCAGUCCACGCGUGGGCAACACCAAUUUCAGUGCAAGAUUACGAAACGCCAGCAUGAAAGUGUACCGCGUAACACACUUUAACGAUGUUGUACCGCACCUUCCGCCAACGUGGACUGGAUUUGAGCACACGUCAGAAGAGAUCUUUUACGACCAGUUUUCGACAACCUAUCGCAAGUGCAGUGAAACGAAUGGUGAAGACCCUACUUGCUCCAAUACCUGUUCGCCUUUCAGCUGUACAAGUAUUGUUGAUCACCUCACGUACUUGAAUAUUACAAUGAGCCAUCUCGUUUGCUAA